UUCUUGUUCUUUAAUUUAGAGUAGUUUCCCUCUCUUAUACUCUCAACUCUCGUCUCCCCCGAUUUAACGUUCCUUUUUUCCCCCUGUUUUCAAUUACUCAAAUUUCCACAAAUUCCCAGACUUCACUGUCUGAAAAACCAAGCUGACAAGGACAUUUGUUGGGUGUCCUUCACUUUCUUACAGAUCACAAUUUAUAAAAUCAAUCCAACCCUAAACCAUAGAAAACGAGUAAGAGAAAGCAAAAACACACCUUAUCAAUGGUGGCUGGUAAGGUAAGAUUGGCAAUGGGGUUUCAAAAAUCAUCUGCGAACUCAAAGCAUGAUACUCCAUCAAAACCGCCAUCGCCAUCCCCCAGCUCAGGGAACAAAAACACUACUUCCGCAAAAGCUGUUUUCUCACGUUCAUUUGGUGUUUAUUUCCCUCGAUCCUCGGCUCAAGUCCAGCCUCGUCCACCUGAUGUCACUGAGCUUCUCCGAUUGGUGGAAGAGUUGAGGGAACGAGAGUCCAGGCUCAGAACAGAGCUUCUAGAGCACAAGCUUUUAAAAGAAUCAGUGGCCAUUGUGCCCGUGCUGGAAAAUGAGAUCGUCGUUAAAAAUGCAGAGUUGGGACGAGCUUUGGAAGAGAUUGAGGGCUUGAGAAACAAAAACGCGAUGUUGAAAACAGAGGUAGAGGAGAUGAAGGGAAAGAUUGAAGACGAAAGGGAGGAGAAGGAGAAGAAAGUGAGAGAAAUGGAAGAAGAGAUAGCGGAGCUGAAGGAAACGGUGUCGUCUUCCUCUUCUGGUCGUAAUAGUAAGGCGGAGAUUACGGCGGGAACCGACGAAUUGAUUUCCUCUUCGCAGCAGUUUCAAGGGUUUGUGGAAGUUAGUGUGAAGUCCAAUCUGAUAAAGAAUUUUAAGAGAAAUAAUAGUAAUAAUAAAUGUACGAACGCCAUUGUUUUUAGUGCUUUCAGUAAUGAGAAAGUUGAGAGCUCGGAGUUUAAAAGAGAGGAAAUCGAAAAUGAGAGACCCAGACACUCGAGGAGUAAGUCGGAGGAACUCGUUGAGUCUACUAGUGUUAACAUCAGAUCUCGUGUUCCUAGAGUUCCAAAACCACCGCCGAGACCUUCGUCGUCGUCGUCAUCUUCAUCCACGUCAUCCAAUAGCUCCUCUGAUUCCACAGAGAAACAAACUUCUCCACCACCACCACCACCACCACCACCUCCGCCGCCUCCUCAGGCGGCAGUGAAGCAAGUUGCACCUCCUCCACCACCUCCACCGCCUAUAAAAGCUAUUGCGCCGCCACCUCCACCGCCGCCUCAGAAGGGGAUGAGGACAAUUGCAGCAAAAGUGAGGAGAGUUCCGGAGGUUGUGGAGUUUUAUCACUCGCUUAUGCGCAGGGAAUCAAAAAGAGAGGCGGGUGGCUGUAGCGUGCCGGAGGUUUUACCGGCAACAGCCAAUUCAAGGGAUAUGAUAGGGGAGAUUGAGAAUCGGUCAACUCAUUUGCUGGCGAUAAAGACAGAUGUGGAAACACAAGGAGACUUCAUACGGUUUUUGAUCAAAGAAGUUGAGAAUGCCGCAUUUAGAGAUAUUGAGGAUGUCGUGCCUUUUGUUAAAUGGCUGGACGACGAGCUCUCUUACUUGGUGGAUGAAAGAGCGGUGCUAAAGCAUUUUGAAUGGCCGGAACAGAAGGCGGAUGCAUUGCGGGAGGCGGCCUUUGGGUAUUGUGAUCUCAAGAAACUAGAAUCCGAGGCUUCAUUGUUUCGUGAUGAUCCCCGCCAACCUUGUGCCCCGGCUCUCAAGAAGAUGCAGGCUUUACUUGAAAAGUUAGAGCAUGGCGUUUACAAUCUCUCCCGAAUGAGAGAAUCUGCGACAAGCCGAUACAAAGGUUUCCAAAUUCCUAUGGAUUGGAUGCUUGAAACUGGAAUUGUGUGCCAGAUCAAGCUAGCGUCGGUCAAAUUAGCGAUGAAGUACAUGAGACGAGUAUCUGCAGAGCUCGAAGCAGUUGGGGGCGGGCCUGAGGAAAAGGAGCUGAUUGUUCAAGGAGUUAGAUUUGCAUUCCGCGUACAUCAGUUUGCUGGAGGAUUCGAUGUCGAGACAAUGAGGGCUUUCCAGGAGCUGAGAGACAAAGUCAGCUCGUGCCAUGUUCAAUGCCAAAACCAAGAACAAAACCCUAUUUGCAGGUCUACAUCUUGCUAAAUUAAUCUCUGAUAGCAGACUCAGCUUCAGACUCCGAAACCCGAAUCCCAGUUUUCAUUGUAAAGAGAAAAAAAAAAUCAAUGUUUGUGAAUACAAUGCCUGGUGCUAUGUUUAUCAACAAAUUCAAUUGAUUCAACUGCAUAAUCUAUUCAAA